UGGUCGUCAAACGCUAUCUAUACGCCCUCGAUCUGGACAAGGCUGUCUCUCGUGUCUCUGAUGGGUGCCACUCCUGUGCAGCAAUCCGCAGCUCUCCAACCGCACGUAUUGACCAGUCCACUUCCCCUCCACCCGACGCUACUGGUCGAUCCUUCGCCGCGGAAGUCAUCAAACGUUCUCGCCAGCUCAUCUUUGUCCUUCGUGAGACUGUGACCUCUUACACUUCCAGUGUAUCUCUUGAAGACGAGCGUCAGCAAACGUUUUGCGACGCCAUUGUAAAGCUCUGCUUAGAAUUGCGCGCUAUGGAUGGCCCACCUGCCGUGAUCCGUACUGACCCUGCCCCUGGCUUAAGGCUCUCGUUAACGACCCUUUCUUAAAGAAGCAUAGAAUUAUAAUUGAGCUUGGUCAGGCCAAAAAUCCCAACAAGAAUCCCGUAGCUGAGAGAGCAGUCCAGGAGUUGGAAACGGAACUUCUCCGCCAGGAGCCUUUAGGCGGUGCCGUUUCUCCCCUCACUCUCGCCGUAGCCACUUCUGCCUUGAACUCUCAUAUCCGUUCACGUGGCCUAUCCUCGCGAGAAAUGUGGACACAGCGGGACCAGUUCUCAAACCAGCAGUUACCCCUUGCCGACGACCAUUUAAUUGCCCUCCAGCACGAGCAGCGUCUAUCCAAUCACCCCCACAGUGAGCGCUGCAAAGCUCCAUUGCACAAUAGGCGUCCUACUCCUGUAAUUGAUGUUGGUGACCUAGUGUACCUUCAUUCCGAUCGGAACAAGUCUCGAGCCCGUGACCGCUACCUUGUUGUAGCCAUAGAUCCACCAUUUUGUGAUAUCAAAAAGUUCAUUGGAUCCCAAUUACGCAGCUCAUCUUACCGCGUCAAACUUACUGAGUGCUUCAAGGUCCCUUCCGACUUGGCUGAUCCCUUACAUGCUCCUCGCCAGUGUCGAGGCCAUGACUCAGAUGACGAAGACGAUCCUGAUACCACACCUCAUCCGCCACCCUCGCUGCCUGACAUCCCUGAUGUUAUCUCUGCUUCAGCCCAGCGUCUAUCUAACACUCCUCCCUGUGUUCCACCACCUGCUCCCGCCGUUCCUGUCGACCACAUCAUGGACGACACAGCUGCCCAGCCAUCUUUCCCUGGGGACCGCUCUUUGGAGAAGGCAGUCGUUUCAGCAGACCCUGACCCUCCUGGCCUGCGGAGAUCAUCUCGCACUAGACGUCGUCCUGCGCGUUUUGAAGAUUAUGAUACUGCCUUUGUUACUGAUCUGUGA